AUGGGUCAAGGACAGGAUGCCAACGCACCACAGACACCAUCCAGUGAUCAAAGUGGUCUUUUGGAGCACUUUGGAGCAUAUGGGACGAGAGGAGCAAAGCAGGACUUGGCACAUGGACGUAGCUCAACUGGAUACGCAAAGGAAGAAGGAGUAAGCCAUCUUGAAGACCAGCUCGACCACCUACUCGGCCGGUUGGUUCAAGAAACAGCUGUUGGAAGCACACAAGGCCAAGUUUGA